GCCUGAUCCAAUUCCUAGUGUUGUUGGACAUAGACUCUCUCUUCCCCUGUUUUCCUGUUUCCUUAUCUCUCCUUAAAGUUUUGUUAACAUCCAUACAUCAAAGAUCACAAAGCCUUUCUAUCUCUCCUCACCAAAAAGAAAAAACAUCAUAGAGGGAGAGAAUUUCAGACACUUCAUCAAACCUUGUUUUAGUCAUCAAAACAACCUCUAUUCUUAUGGAAAUACAUCAACACCAAAAUCACACAGAAAACAUAUCAUCAUUACCACCAACAAACCCUGCUUCACCAUCCUCUUCACCUUCUCAUGAGUUUUCCUUCACAAUCUCACUCCACCCUUCAAUCCCUGAGAAUUCAUCAAAAGCUCCACAUAAUUCCCUUGCAGUUGAUUUAUCUCCUGCUGAUGACAUUUUCUUUCAUGGCCACUUGCUACCCCUCCACCUCCUAUCUCAAUUCCCUUCAUCCCCUCGCUUUUCCACCAAUUCCUUGGACAGCUUCACUCUCCCUAUUCGAGAAGAUAAAAAACUCAGGAAAGAUAGUAGCAGCUGCAACACCAGCAACAGAGAAGAACAGAGCAUCAUAGGAAUAACAAAGGAAGAAAACAGGGCCAAGAAUAGUUUUUCCUUGUUUGGAUUAACAAAAGGGAGAAAAGGGUGUCAAAUUAAGGACAAAGAAGACAAAGAAAAUCACAAGAGGAAGCUGGGGAAUGAAGUGAUGCAUGCAGUGAAGAGGUACUUAAGAAUGGUUCUUUUCAGAGGGAGAAGAGAGAAGAUUCCAUUUCAUGGACAAGCUUAUUCUCAUUCAGGGAAUUUAAUGAGGAGGAGUAAGCCUGAAGUGAGGGGAAGAAGAGGAGAGUGUUCAGCACCAGCUUCCAUGAGGGCUUCUCCAACAAACAGUGGUCUUCUUCUUGCAACCACCACUCUUCCUCCUGCUAGUGACAGCACCAUGGAAGAGUUGCAAGCAGCAAUUCAAGCUGCAAUUGCUCACUGCAAAAACUCUAGUGCAAAAGAAGAGAAGCUCAGUUGCUGAUAGAUAAAAUACUAGGUGAUUUUUUUGUUCCUAGUUGUACUUACUGUCAUAGUUUUUAGUGAUGUUCAAUCUAUGUCUGGAAAUUUACCAUGGUUGCACUUGAUUACUUAAUAUGUAAAUUGUCAAAUUUGGUGUUACAAUAUAUAUUAAAUAUUGGUUAGAA